GCAGAGUGCGCACUUGCACUCAAAAGUCUCCUUCGCUCUUCGGAUGGUGACUUUCUUCUUUUUCAGAACAGCUCAGGAUCAGGAAAUAAAACUUCUUUUUGCGAAAAGUUUUUAUACAAUUGAUUUUACCUUUUUUUAAAAAUAAAAUAAAAUAAAAAAAUAAAAUAACAGAGCACAGUUCACGUGUAAAAAUUACUUGGAUGUUUUCGUGAAGGAAUCCGCUCCGUACCUAUAGGUGGAAAACGUCAUGUUCGGAUCUGCUCGCAAAAUGACCUCAGACGAUGUUUCCUCCAGAUGUAUCGAGUUUAUUAAGGAUCAACUAUAUUUUGCCAUACUUUAUCAAAAGAUCAAGAGCACAGCUGACCGACACUGUUUCUGCAUAGAUGAAGAGCUGGCAUAUGAGAACUUCUAUGCGGACUUCGGUCCCCUUAACCUGGCCAUGUUUUAUCGCUUCUGUUGCAAGCUGACAAAGAAGCUCAAGUCAAUUACACUCACGAGGAAGAAGAUAAUUUUUUAUACUUGUGGGGAUCAGAAAAAACAAGCCAACGCUGCCUAUCUAAUAGGAUCGUAUGCAGUGAUGCAUCUAAACAUGACACCAGAGGACGCCUACAGCCUGCUGGUAUCCAGGAAUUCAACUUAUCUUCCAUUCAGAGACGCCUCGUUUGGAACCUGCAUGUACAAUCUGGACAUUCUGGACUGCCUGCGUGGAGUUGACAAAGCUGUGCAUUACGGCUGGCUGAACUUCUCCAACUUUGAUGUGGAAGAGUACGAGCACUACGAGAGGGCGGAGAACGGAGACUUUAACUGGAUAAUUCCUGGGAAGUUCCUCGCGUUCAGUGGCCCUCAUCCAAAAAGCAAGAUAGAAAAUGGGUACCCUUUACAUGCUCCCGAGGCCUACAUCCCGUACUUCAGAAAACACAACAUCACCACUAUCAUCAGACUCAACAAGAAGAUGUAUGAUGCGAGACGUUUCACAGAUUCAGACUUUGAGCAUCAUGACCUGUUCUUUGUGGACGGGAGCACGCCGAACGACACCAUCGUCAGAAAGUUCCUCAACAUCUGUGAGAACACAGAGGGAGCUAUUGCGGUCCACUGCAAGGCUGGCCUGGGAAGAACCGGUACGCUAAUCGCCUGUUAUAUGAUGAAACAUUACGGCCUGACUGCAGCGGAGGCCAUCGCAUGGAUACGGAUCUGCCGGCCAGGAUCCAUCAUUGGACCACAGCAAAACUUUGUAGAAGAGAAGCAGAACAGCCUCUGGGCAGAGGGAGAUGUUUUCCGGGAGAAGAAGCUGAAUGAGCGGGAAAACGGCAAGACGGCUGUAACCAGGAUCCUGUCUGGAGUGGACGACAUCACAAUCAACGGCAGCAACAAGAACAGGGCAUCCAAGAAAGAAGAAAUAGAGCUGUACAAUGAUGAAGAUGAGAGAAACGGCGUCACGCAGGGCGAUAAACUACGAGCCCUGAAGAGUAAGAGGCAGGCCAGGUCGUCUUCAGGUUCUCUGUCACAAGAAGAAAACAAAAUAAACACCAGGUCGUCUUCGCAGUCCCUCAGCAGGGUGAUCACACAGGACAGUGUUGAGGGCUGUAAGACCAGUGUCAGCGCCCUGGCUCUGUCUGACCGCUCAGACAGCAGGAAGAGGACCAGAGCAUCUCUGCCAGCUAACGGAGUAGGAGGAAGCUCCCUGAGCCAAACCAGGCUGGUCAGGUCCCUAGGCAACCUGCAUGUAGUGGCUGGCAACAGCGACCCAAUGUUCUGUGAGCCGUGUGGCAGCCAUAGAGACACGGCCAGUCUCAGAGCCAACACAGGCGCCCUCAUCAACUUAAACGCAGCACAGGGACACCUGCAGACCCGCUGUGUCACGAGGACGUAAAGCUCGCAGCUCUUUGCAAUCAAUUAGAUUUUCCAGGCUAUGUCACUCCAUACCCAAAGCUAGAGCUCCUCUCCUCCGGUAAACCUGUGAACCUGGAAAAAUGCAAAGAUAUCCAAUCUUUUUUGGAGAAAGGCUGGCAUGAAUCUCAACUUGGUGUGAACAUUUACUGCAGAGGAACAAGAUGGUUUUAUUUUUUUUUAACAAAAACACUGCAUCAUUAAAUUUUAAUUGUGUUUGUUUUUACUUACUGAAUCAUUCAGCUAAAAUGUCUGAAUUAUCAGCAACCACAACUAGUAUAAUAAGUGUAAAGCUGAGAAAUUUUUGGUUCACACAAUCAUAGCAUGAAGUACUGUGCACCGUCAUACUGCCAUUCAGCAUGUUUUGGACAAGGCCUGUCAUUUGGUCACCUUUUCAGCUCCUUUAUUUCAAAGCUGUACAUGUGUCAACAUUUAAUAUACUGUUUGUAUAUUGUAAAUAUUUUGUACUGUUAAAAUCAUGUCAUGAAAUGGUCCCAACGGGGCCUUUACUCUUUAUAAUCCUAGAAAAAUAUGAAUUUUAAAUAAAUUUACUCCCAAAUGAA